AUGAACGAGUCAUUUUUGCCUGCUCAUGUCGAUCGCGAAAGUGCAUUAUUUAGAUCCAAUGAAAGUCGUAAGGGCUUUUCUCUGGCAUCAACUCGCCAUGGAUCUUUAAAUCAUAUUGUGUUUGUAAUCGGAAUUGCCUAUUAUACAAUACUUAUUAUAUUCGGGACCUUGGGAAAUAUCCUUAGUUUACUUGUCAUUCGUGGGGUCGGCUGUCAUCAGUCGCCCCGUCGGAAACGGCUAAGACUAGUUCAACAGAGCCUGUCCGAGCGCAGGGCCGUUGUCAUACGCGUGUCCACACCAUGCAGCCAUGCCGAGGUGAUUGACCCUUCACGGUUUGAUCAAUCAAACCAAGGCCGCUUCUGUUGUCACAACAAUGAGGAGCUGGAGACUUACGAUCUACAGCCGAGUACAAAACCAGACGAAUAUGGAAGCCUAGAAGUUGAAGCUGUGGAAGGUAGGACCAAACAUUUGGAAGAAACAAAUAAACCUGCAUAUUCGGGAGGCGCUCAAGAAGUGGGGCAGGGGAAUGAGGCAGGUGUGAAUGAACUGGACGAAAAUCACAUGAAAUAUCAGUACUCGGACGGCCAAGAGAUGUUGGAUGUUGAGAUGGAAGGCUCAAGGAGUGAAGAAAAUGACGACUGUAUGGCGAAAAUGGCGCCCGAAAGAAAGGAGCAAGGACUACACCUGCUUCUGGUAGAAAAUUUGCCUAAAGAGGAGGAAGAAGAAGAGGAAGAGGAGGAGGAGGAGGAGGUGCUGACAGAGGUUAAAAGCAGCCAAAAGAUGUCACCAAACAAAAUUACCUUCGGGCCACAGCUAUCCUCGCCCAAUGCCGACUGGCCCUCAAGAGGCCGGAAUGCUGCGAGACGAGCCAAUUGGCCGAAUAUCUUAUGCCGCAAGUCGAGCAACAGCAAUCGACCCAUCAGCUCCUUGACGCGUUCCUCCUUUGAACUCGGAAGCAUCAUGUGCGAGUCGUUCCGUGUGGUUCCCUCGAAUCGGCGUCACGGCUCCAAGGGACGAAAGCAUCCGUCCCGAGGCAUUUUCACUGCCCUCGCGUUGGCCGACACUCUCGUGUUAUGGGUGAAUCCGUUGCGCUACUGGAUCCUUUUCGUCUUCAACUACGACAUACGCACUGACAGCGGCGUCUUCAUGUGUCGUCUGCAAACAUUCUGCAGUUACGCGUGUCGUGACAUCGCGAUUUGGGUGCUUUGCCUGCUCACCAUGGAGCGUUUCCUCAGCGCCUGCCUGCCACACAGAGCCAGCCUGAUUUGGCGCGGCCGCAAGAAACAGAUGGUUUGGAUCGGUCUGUUUGUCCUGUUGCUGGCGAAGAAUUCAGUGCUGCUCUCAAUUCUCGAGAUCUUUCAGCCGCCCGGCGCGCUCAACUCGACCUCAACUCGACCGGGCACCAGCGAAGGCAAACCGAUCUGCGACACAAAAGACAAAGGCCUACGACGCGCCUUCUUCUAUAUAGACAUCGUCGAGUACAGCCUAAUUCCAUCGAUUAUUCUGCUCUUUUUGAAUCUCGCCCUGCUGCGCGUACUCCACAAAGCCAGGCACAUACGCAAUCAAUACUUGUGGAGCAAAAUGGAGGUAAGCCCGACGAGCUGUCCGAUCGGCGCUCGGUGCAGCAACUCUUUCGUCUGUCUCGGCAGUGAAGGACAGACGCAGAGACGCUCGGCUCGAUCGAUCAGACGCUUGAAGCGGCUGCAGUCCUCCUUUCGAAUGCCGCUCGCCAGUGAGGCGAGAGCCCACGGCAAUGGGCAUCCGUCGAGGCUGACUUCGGCGCUGGCGUCGGCGCAGAUGCCGACGCCAGCGCCGGGACCGGAGGGCCUGCCGGCCGUGUCGGCGUCUACGAUUGCUGCGUCGCCGGCCAAUGCUCUGGACAGGUCGGCCUACCAGGCCAACCGGCUGCUGGUGCCGGUGUCUCUGUUUCAUCUCGUCGCGUCGGUGCCGCUCUGCAUUUUCUCCAUCAUCGAGGACGCCGGCAAUCUGAAACAGACCGCGGAUCCUGAACAGCACGAGUUGGUGUUCAGUUGUGGCCGCCUCCUCGCUAUGCUGGGCACGACCAAUCACGGCGCCAAUUGUCUGAUCUAUUUUCUCAGUUCGCGCAGCUUCCGUCGUCGGCUCAUUCUGCUGCUGAAGCAGCCGUUCCUCUCCGACUCGGGCCUGCCCGAUUCGACGACCACGAAUCCGGCCCACUCCGAAGCCGCGCAGACAAGACGCGCCGCUCCCGGUCACGCCAGCUCCACUCGCCUCCUCGUCGCCACGACUCCUGUUGCCGCA